AUGGCAUGUACAGACGGGCAAGAAGAUGCCGAAGACGGACCGCUCAUGCGGGCGCUUAAUGCUAUGGAACUCGCCCAAAGGAUCGCCCUGAGCCGUCUCGAGGCGCAGAUGGCCCAAACAUAUAAUUUAGCUGCUAAGUCGGCGAACGCCUUGCGUGGCGAUGGUUCAAGCAUUCGUUACGAGCCAGUCUUCUCUGGCCGAGGUGGGGAGGACCCGGGACCGCAUCCUCUCAUUACAUCACUGACCGUUAUUUACACGGCGUCGACCAACGUCGUUGCAGGUUGGGAGGCGUAUUAUGGGCUGCCUAGACAAGGCAAGGGAGUUGCUCUGAGAGAUCGUCAAAGGCUGAUCGCUGCCUAUGUGGGUGCAGACCCAAGGCUACGUGUAAUGUAG